AUGGAGUUUGAAGAAGAAGGGUAUCGAUUUCAUCCCACAGAUUCAGAGUUACUCACAUACCUUCUUAGGUUUAUCACUGAAAAUAAUUUAUGUGACAACGGUUUUAUUACGGAGUGUGAUGUCUAUAACCAACAACCAUGGAUAACUUAUGGUUAUGGGCGCCAUUGCGGAGGAGAAGACGAUGGGGAUACUAAUAAUUUUCGUUACUUUAUUUCCCCGAGGCAUAAGAAGAGUGAUAACAGAUUUUCCAGACAUGUGGCUAACGGUCUUGGGACUUGGAAACAACGAGAUAAGGGGAAAUGGAUUAGGAGUAAACAGAGCAAGCCUUUGAAUAUGGGACUCAAGAAGAGUCUCGAUUAUGAUACUAACAUGUGUUGUCCCCAUGAUGGAAAGUGGCUCAUGAAGGAGUACGUUUUUUGCGAAGCUAUUCUGAAAAAGUUCAAAAACUCUAAUUAUAAAGAUUAUUGUAUUUGUGCUAUAAAAACGAAAAAUUCGUCUAAUCCUUCUCCAAGUAGUAAUGCGAGUACAACUGAUGUGAAUGAACACAAGUUGGAUACAGAGGUGAUUUCAGGAAUAAAUUCUGUUGAGCCGCGGAUGGAUCAGGCAAUCACUCCUGUCAAUAUUGUUGAACCAGUGUUGCGAAUUCAAGAGUCUUUAUCAGAUGAAGAGAAGAUCAAUGCUCUAUUAAUAGAAUAUAAUAUUGAUCCUGAAUUAACGCAAAUGAGGAAUGAGGACUAUGGGAUGAUCAAUCAUCCUAUCAAUGUCGUUGAAAAUCCAGCGAUGGAAGCUGAGGUGCAAGGAAAUGGUGUUUCGGAAUUUGAGAACACAAUACCAGAAAAUAAUCUGCCAGCACACCAGCAGCAAGGUUUUAUUGUUGAUGUUAAUGAGGAUUGUAACGCAUAUUCGGAAUUUCAAACCAAUAAUUCAAGCUUUGUUGGACUACUAACUGGUUAUGGGGACUACGCUAUCAGGAACAACUGGGAGCUAAAUACUUUUUCUCCUAUUCAAGAACCUAUGAUUCCCGACUUUGCGAAUGUGAAGUCAAAUAUAACUAUGCCUGAUAAAUAUGGUACUUUGGCUGAAUAUAUGGAUGCCGGUGUAUUGAUGAAUCCGGAGAAUGCUUUUGAUUUUUCUAAACAAUCAAUAGUAGAAUCUAAUCAGGUGCAGAUCACUCAAGAGGCUGCUGCUGGUGAAGCGAAUCGUCUAUUGGGGCAAACUGCACCUUUUUUUCAAAUUCAAGAAUUUGUGAUGCCAGAAAUGUUUGAUAUGGGUUACACAUUGUUGGAGACACAACAAGAACCAAAACCACAAGAAGAAUGUAAGACACUUUGUGAAACAGAAAAAUCGAGCUUUCUUGAUGACCUUACAGAAGCCUUGUUAGAUGAUGUGCCUCUGAAUGAUAGAUUGAAUAUAAAUAGGGAGAGUAAGAUAAUAUUAUUGUUGGAUCAACAAUCUUGGCAGUCUAACGCGCAUUUACAAGAUAUGCUGCUCUGA